CAACCAAAUCGAUCAAUUCACUUCACUUCACUUCACUUCCUAAUCAAACCAAAAGCAAAAGCAAAGCAAAACCAAGAUAACGUAACCAAAAAUGCCAACACCAUCUCUUGCAAGAACAUUAAAAUCCAUUCUAAACUUAGUAGACCAAGAAGAAUGGUAUGCAGCCCACCAAAAAUACAGAACUUCAGCCGCUCGACUUUUGAAAUCAAAUGAACCACAAUCUAUUCAAGAUGCGAUUUCAUUAUUAUUUGAAGGAUCUAAAUUACUCUUACAACGACACCAACUAGGAUCAGGAACAGACCUAGGCUUGAUGUUAAUCCGAGACGUUUAUGUAUCACGUUCGUAUCCCUAUACAGAAGAAGAAAGACACAAGCUAUUAAAUUUGAUAGCAUUAAUUGGAGCUAAGGAUAAUUGGCGUAAGAUGAUAAUAGAUUCAUCGAUUUCAUAUUCAACAACCUCACCAGACUUUCCAUCAGGUGAUCCAGCUUUACAUUUCAGUAUUGGAGAAAUCUAUGCAAAGGAAAAGCGUUGGGAUUUAGCUGAGAUUCAUUUACUUUCGGCUGGUGAUCAAGAUUCAGCCAAGAGUUUAUCUAAUGUUUUAUGGUCUUGGUCUAUAUUAGAAAAAGAUUUACAAGAGAAAAGUUUAGGUAGAUAUGCAGGAAGAGGAGUGAUUGGUUAUUUAGAGAUCGGUUCGAUUACAAGUGCCAAAAGUUUUUUAGAAGAUUUUUUAAACAAAUCCAUCAAACGGUUUCCAAACUUACUUGUUGAUUCAAUCGAAAUUAAACUUAAAUCUGAUAACUUUCAACCGAUUCAAAUCUUUUCAUUACCUUCUUUAAACUUUUUACAACUCUUGAUCUUGACUUGUCAAAUCGGUCCUGGUAGCUUACCAUCUGGAUUACCUGCACCUAUUGGUCAUACCGGUCCGACGAUCGGUAAGGCUGUCUUUCAGGCUAUGGUCGGUAGGUAUUCUAGAGUUGAGAAAUGGAUUGGAUCUAAUCAAAUUAAAGAAAGUUUAGAUUUGAUUGCUGAAAUGUAUUUUGGGAUCAAACCUCAGAGACAAAGUGGGAAUAUCUUGAAUGAUUUAAUGGGAUCUCUCUUUUCGGGUGGUGGUCCUCCUGGUCCUGCGUCUCAAGGCUCUAAUAGAGGAUCUCAAAUUCGUGGUAAACCUUCGAGUGGGAUCUCUACACCUGCAUUAGAUUAG